GAAAUACUCUCUAGGGUUCCGGCCAAGUCUCUGACGAAAUUUAAAACUAGCUGCAAACGAUGGUACGCUUUAUUCAAAGAUCCGAAAUUCGUCAAGAAGAAUCUGGGUUGCAAAGCAGCAGUGAGUGAGUCGGUGUUACUUAGUAAUUCUCGGGUUUAUUCGAUUGAUGAGGAUCUCCAUGGAGUUUACAACAGAUUUGAUCCAUCCAUCGAGUGUACAGGUCAACUUAGCCAUCGAACCGAUUCAAAAGCUUUGAAAAUAUCUAAAAUAUUUCACUUGCGACGGUUUACUAUUAUGUGCCACCAUGGGAGAAAACUCUAGACUUGUGGUUUGGAACCCAUGUACGGGUCAAACGAGGUGGAUCAAACCCAGAACUCGUUACCAUUGGGCCGAUUUGAGCGUCUCUCUCUUCCGUUUCAGAGUCUUAGAUUUGAAGAUAACACGGCUCUAUCAGAGGUUAGGGAAGAAAAGCUUUCGGUGUUGCAUCAGAGAUUUGAUGAAUUUCCAGGUAAGAUGAAGAUAUGGGUGAGCAAAAAGAUCGAUGAGGAUGCCAAAGACUUGUCGUGGAGGAGCGACUUCGUCUUAGUAGUGGAUCUUCACGGAUUUAACUUGCCAGGUGUGGCGAGUGUUGCAAGCUUCUUGUUGGACGAGGAGAACAAAGUGGCAGUGUGUUGUGAUUUAGACUGGGAUGAUGCUUAUAGGACCACAAUUUACAUUGUUGGAGAGAACAUUGUUAUUUUCUUUAACUAUACGUUUCCUGUUAAUGAGGAGAAUAAAGUGGCAGUGUGUUGUGAUGAGGACACGGGAAGGAAUGGUCGUUUUGUGACCACUCCGACCAGAAUCUACGUUGUUGGAGAGAACAUGUAUAAACAAGUUUAUAAAGAUAUUGGAAAGGAAGGUCUUCUCGGUCGGCCAGAUCUCCUCUCUUAUGUUCCAAGUUUGAUUCAUAUUCAGAUUAAAACACCCAAAAGGCAAAAGAAAAGAAAAAGAAGUGGAAACCAAAGGAGAUUAUUAGUUCAAUGA